CGACUUCCGGGCCGCCGCCGCGGCGCGCCAAUGGGAGCGCUCCCUGUGAGGGGUGGGUGCCAGAGGUCCCGGCCAAUGGAGUGAAGACAGACGCGCGGACGGACGGCUGCCUCGACCAAUGGGAACUGCCGGCGCUCCGGCCCCACAGAUUGCGCCGCGGCGCGGGCAGAUGAUGUCACAGGGCGACCAUGGCGGGCAGCGGCCGGAGGCCUGAGCAUCGCGGGCCCCCGGAGCUGUUUUACGAUGUGGCCGAGGCCUGGAAAUACUCCCAGAACUCUCGAAUGAUUGAGAUCCAGUCGCAGAUGUCAGAGCGGGCCGUGGAGCUUUUGGGCUUGCCCAAGGAUCGGCCAUGUUUCCUUCUGGAUGUCGGCUGUGGCUCUGGUUUGAGUGGAGAUUACAUCUCUGAAGAGGGACAUCACUGGGUUGGGAUGGACAUCAGUUCUGCCAUGCUGGAUGUUGCUGUGGAGAGAGAGGUGGAAGGAGACCUCAUCCUUGCAGACAUGGGGCAGGGGAUUCCCUUCAGGCCAGGCAUGUUUGAUGGCUGUGUCAGUAUUUCUGCAGUGCAGUGGCUCUGUAACGCUGAUAAGAAGACACACAGUCCCCCAAAACGCCUGUAUCGAUUCUUCUCAACCCUCUAUUCUGCCUUGGCCCGAGGAUCCCGAGCCGUCCUGCAGUUGUACCCUGAAAACUCAGAACAGCUGGAGCUCAUCACUGCACAGGCCAUGAAGGCAGGGUUCACGGGAGGAAUGGUGGUGGAUUAUCCCAACAGCGCCAAAGCUAAGAAGUUCUUCCUCUGUCUCUUUGUUGGGAUGGCUGGUGUGUUACCAAAGGCUCUUGGUGCUGAGUGCGCUCAUGGAGAGGAGUCCCAGCAGGCCAAGUUCACCAGCGAAAGAACACGGUUCAGAAAUGCCAAGGGCAAGUCUGUAAAGAAAAGCCGGGACUGGGUCUUGGAGAAGAAGGAACGUAGACGGCGGCAGGGCAAGGAAGUGAGGGCGGAUACAAGAUACACUGGCCGAAAGCGGCGGCCUCGCUUCUGACUGCCCCGUGUAUUCCGGUUCUGUGGUCGCCAUGCAACAGCCCCUGUGGAACUUCCCUGCAGCUCUCGAGCCUCCCUAGAUGGACCCCCCGGUCUGAAAGCUGCUUGUACGAAGUGGGUUUGUUUGUGGCCCUUGCAGUGGAAGGCUGGGCUGUCUCUGCUGCUGUCGAGGAUCCCAUUUGAUGCUUCCGGUCGUAUUGAAUGGGAAGAUACUGGUUGGGAGCAGACUCACUGCAUCUAUUUUUGUGUGCCGGGUGCUGACACUGAGCCAGCCACUUGCAGACCCCCUUUUUUUCACCAUCUGUUAUCCGAGCCAAAUGGAGGGGGGUCAGAAACACUGGUGGGCAGCCUGCCCCCGGUACUGGGGCAAAGUGCCCUGGGUGAGGGGACCUUUCCUGCUGAGCUUCCAGCCUACUCAGUAAAUAGUCCCUUGGUUACGA